GUUUACUGCGAGCGAGCAGGCGGAGAGGAACGGCAUCUAAAAAAAAAAAAACGACUUGGAAAAACUACUUAGCGAGCUCCUGUAGCCUCGGCCUUUGAGGGGGCACCAGCAUGAGUCAGGAGUUGCUGGAGUCUGACAGGGACUCUGCUCAGGAUGCAUCCGACUUCAACUGGGACGACUACCUGGAGGAGACCGGAGCCGCGUCCGUACCCCAUCACGCCUUCAAACAUGUGGACCUGAGCCUGCAGACGGGCCUGACUCCGGGCAUGAAGCUGGAGGUGUGCGUGCGCUCCGAGGCCGACGGUCCUUACUGGGUGGCCAGCAUCAUCACCACGUGUGGCCAGCUGCAGCUGCUACGCUACGAGGGCUACCAGGAAGACCGGCGUGCCGACUUCUGGUGCGACCUGACGACGGCGGACCUGCACCCGCUGGGCUGGAGCCGCCAGCACGGGAAGACGAUGAGGGCACCCGAGGGUGUGCGUGAGAAGCACCAGGACUGGGAGGCUCUGCUGGAGAAGGCCCUGGCCGAGGAGUGCAGCGCUCCUGCCAACCUGCUGGAAUUGUCCCAGCGCGGUAGAGACCCAGUGGAGCUCCUGUCCGCGGGCUGCUACGUGGAGCUCCAGGACGCCGUGGAUCCGGGGCUCGCCUGGGCCGCGGAGGUGGAGGAGAACGUCGGCGGGAGGCUGAAGCUGCGCCUGGUGGGCACCGAGGGCCUCCCGGACACGCCCGCCACCCUCUGGCUCUUCUACCUGCACCCACGCCUGCACCCGCCCGGCUGGGCCAAAGAGCACGGCUGCACCCUCAAGCCUCCAUCGGACCUGUUGGCCCUGCGGACCGCGGCCGAGUGGGAGGAGGUGACGCAGAGGAUCAGCGACUUGCCACAGGACGACGCUCUGACCGCAGAGUUCAGCAAGGAGCCGCCGCCUGCCGUCGCCGCUCAUUGUUUCAAAGAAGGAAUGAAACUGGAGGCUGUUGACCCCGCGGCUCCCAUUUCCAUCAGGCCCGCCACCGUCACCAAGGUGUUCAAUGAGCAGCACUACCUGGUGAAGAUGGAUGACCUGUGUGGCCUUGAGGAGUCCGAGGGUGCCGGGAGGUCCUUCCUGUGUCACAGAGACAGUCCAGGGAUCUUCCCUACUCAGUGGAGCCUCAAAAAUGGACUAACUCUCAGCCCUCCACCAGGAUACCAGGGUGCGGACUUUGACUGGGCAGACUACCUGAAACAGUGUGAAGCUGAGGCCGCUCCUCAACAUUGCUUCCCAACUGAGCAGUGCGAGCACAGCUUCAAAGAGGCCAUGAAACUGGAGGCUAUCAACCUGCUGUCACCGGAGAACAUCCACGUGGCUACCGUCACCCGGGUCAAAGGGCAGUACGUUUGGCUCAGCCUGGAAGGCCUGAAGCAGCCCAUGCCCGAGCUGAUAGUUCACGUGGACUCCCUCGACAUCUUCCCCAUCAGCUGGUGUGAGACAAAUGGCUAUCCACUCAUCUACCCAAUUAAACCCUCAGGUGGAAAAGAGAGGAAGAUUGCUGUGGUGCAGCCUGAGAAGCACCAAAUUCCACCAAAGUCAUCGUUACCCGACACCGCCGGGCAGCAGAUGGCCAACCAUCCAGAGACAGGUCAAGGCAACAGGAAGUACUGCUGCCCCAAGAUCUACUUCAACCACCGCUGCUUCUCCGGGCCGUACCUGAACAAGGGACGCAUCGCGGAGCUUCCUCAGUUCAUCGGUCCUGGAAACUGUGUCCUGGUGCUCAAAGAGGUUCUGACUCUGCUGAUAAACUCUGCGUACAAGCCCAGCCGGGUGCUGAGGGAGCUGCAGCUGGACCAGGAGAGCCGCUGGCAAGGCUACGGAGAAACGCUCAAAGCCAAGUACAAGGGGAAGAGUUACCGGGCCACGGUGGAGAUCGUCCGCACCGUAGACCGCGUGGCGGACUUCUGCAGGAAAACCUGCAUCAAGCUGGAGUGCUGCCCAAACCUGUUUGGACCUCGCGUGGUUCUGGAGCACUGCUCGGAGAACUGCUCGGUCCUCACCAAGACCAAAUACACAUAUUACUACGGGAAGAAGAAGAGUAAACGCGUCGGCCGUCCACCAGGGGGCCACUCCAACCUGGAGGGCGGAGUGAAGCGACGAGGGAGGAGGAGGAAGAGGAGGAAGCAGCUCUUUGUCCACAAGAAGAGACGUUCCUCGGCCUCGGUGGACAACACGCCCGCCGGGUCUCCGCAGGGCAGCGGCGAGGAAGAAGACCUGGAUGAAGAUGACUCCCUGAGCGAUUCCGGCUCCGAGCUGCAGGACGACCUCCAGGAGGAUUCCGAGCAGUCGUACGGGAAGUCUCAGCCCACCACGCCGUCGCCCUCCCCGCCGGCAACGCCCAGGCCCACGCGGCGGAGACGGAAACCCCGCUCGCCCUCCUUCUCCGACGAUGAGAACCGACCUCCUUCACCAAAGACCUCAAAGACUGAGCCCCCUCAGAAGUUGUGUUUGGACAAGCCCCUGGAGUGGAGCAUCACCGACGUGGUUCGCUUCAUCAGGACCACCGACUGUGCGCCUCUCGCGCGGAUUUUCUUGGAUCAGGAGAUCGACGGGCAGGCGCUGCUGCUGCUCAACCUCCCCACGGUGCAGGAGUGCAUGGACCUGAAGCUGGGACCGGCCAUCAAGCUGUGCCACCACAUCGAGAGGGUCAAGCUGGCUUUUUAUCAGCAGUUUGCGACGUAGCCGGCGGGGAACGAACGCGGACGUGACUCCAAUAACCGUCCCGUGUUUUUAAUUGCGUGAAAAAACGCGGUGUUUUCAUCCUGAAUAUGGCGCGUCGCGUCGUAGAAAGCACGGACGCGAGGCGAAGGAAGCGGCAUCUCGUGAUCGUGGAGAAAAAAAAGAACAAAAGAGGAGAGCUAUGACAGGUGAAAGACACAGGGGUGGACUGAAAUACAGAGGAUAACACUUUGAUACCGUGAAUAAGUGUAAAAGCUUUUAUUGACUCCAGCACGUUUUACAAAAAAAGAAGAGAAAAAAAACACAAAAAAGCAUCGAGGACUUAGUUCCACGUUUUUAAAGCUACAGUACGUCCUGAAAAAGGCUUCUUAACUUAUUUUGUCUUCGUAGUCUCUCGGAUUCUCCUCUUUUUAUUUGCUUUUUUUAUUUUUAUGGAUGAGUGCCAGUGCUACAACUUUCUGUCAAUUGCGGCUAUUUGUGAUUUCCAGCCUGCCCUGCUGUCGCUAACGGGGAGUACCACUGAAUCACAGCUUUUACUUGUCGUACUAAGGCCUCAAAUAUUUGGAGUCUGCUCGUCAAACACUUGCUAAUGUCUGCUGGAGUGAGAAAUGAGGUGAUCCCGUGUGGGUUUUUUCACACCGACAUCUAAUUUCAUGGGGGGGAAAAUGUGUGCGACAGCCCGUUUUUAUUGACGCACUUGAAAACAAAUGUUAUUUUUCACAGAAUCAACUGAACUGAAAAGGAUCCGAGCUUUAUUUUGGAGCCUUUUGUCUUCUGCUUUCAAGUUUUGAAGAGAGACUUGCUGAUAUCUAUUCUAUGUAUCUUUUGGCCCGUUAAUUAAGCAAAAAAUAAAUACAUUUUGCGCACUGGAAGAACGAAAAGUUGCAUAGAAUACAGUUUGCAAGGCAAUAUUCUCCAGUUUUGGGAGAACAGUGAUAGCAAGAUAAGGAAUUAGAUUUCAGUGUGAACUCCAGGCAUGUAUACUAUAAACUAAUAAUUUACUAAUGUUAUCCAACUGAAUUAAGAUACAUUCUGAUCAACAGAUAUAAAGGGGGCCUUCAUCUCAAGAGAUCAAAUUGCUUUAUUGUUCUGGCUUCUACGUUACGUAAGAGCAGUUUACAUUGUGAGGACUCUAAUGCAAAGCACAACCAUGUACUGUAUGGUGGAAUGCAAAGAUGACAGCGCAUGUUUGUAUAUAGUGUAUAUAUUCAAAUAUCUUUUAGUGCAGAGUGAUUAGAGGAAAAAAACAAUAUAGCAAUUAACUUUAUGCAUAAGCAAUGUGUAUAUGUCUCAUGUGGGCGUAUUGUUAAAACUAAUUCAGCAAAAAGUUGAUUUGAGCCAUUUCAUUUUUAAUAAUUACCUUAAUGAUAAAUGUGCAGUUUUAAAAUGCAAGAAAAUAUUGUCAAACUGCUCAAAUCAGUUUUAUUCCUAUUUUUUACCAGUUCUUGUAGUGUGGUUAACUGUAAUGUGAGACAAAAAAAAGGUGUAGUUUCAUUUACUAACUUGCUUGUGGAGCAGCUUUUUAAUUCAUUUUAAAAUUUUAACUGCUAUUUAAAGAAAUGACUGCAAUUAAAACUGUGAACGAACCAGA